CAGGGGUGGUUUUUUCGUGCCACUUUGCCGCGUACGGUACACGUUUCGUCAAUGACAUAAUCAAGCCUCGAUUUUUUUUAUUUUUUGGUGGGACGACUCCAGUGCGGUGAAACUGUGAAGUGAAAAUGUAUAUUUGGGGGGUUGUUUUUGGGGCGCUUUUCUGCAGUGGGGCUUGCCAGACCCUGGUGCCGGAGGACGAAGAGACAGGGAUCACCUCGUCGGUGGACGCAGUUUUGAGCAGGAGUGCCACGUUACCGUGCGACAUCGACCCGGGACUCAGGGAGGACAGGGUGUACAUGGUGCUGUGGUACAGGGACACGCACACGAAGCCUAUUUACAGUUUUGACGUCCGCGGCCGUCCCUUCACCAAGGCGAUCCACUGGUCGGACCCCAACGUGUUCGGCCCUCGGGCCUACUUCGUGACAGUGUCAAAACCGGCCGCCCUCACCCUGGACCAGGUGACCCUGAACGACGAGGGCAUCUACCGCUGUCGUGUGGACUUUCGCACAACACCCACCAGGAAUUUUGCCAUCAAUCUUACGGUCAUUGUUCCUCCGCACCAGCUGCUGGUGUACGACAACUCCGGUCGCGACAUCGCCAGCGUGGUGGGCCCCCUCGAAGAAGGCUCCGCCCUGUUCCUGACCUGCGAAGUUCGAGGAGGUCGUCCCAGCCCCACCGUGUCCUGGUUCGUGAACGACCGGCUCGUGGAGGGUCACGUCGAGGCUAUCGGCGACACCCUCAUGGUAAACCGUUUGUCGGUAAACGCAGUACGACGAGAGCACCUCAACUCGUCGUACAAGUGCCAGGCAAGCAACACAAAGCUGAUGAUGCCCGCAGAGAAGACCGUAAGACUGGAACUUCUACUGCGGCCGCUGAGCGUCAUUAUUCCGCACAAACCCCACCAAAUGGUAGCCAACCAGGAAUACACGAUACAAUGCCAAGUGACGGGGUCAAGGCCGAAAGCCGUUGUGUCCUGGACAAGGGAUAACCGCGUCUUCAGAAGAGGAAAGGUUCUGGAGGAGGGAAACGAGACCAUGGUAAUCAGUUCCGUUACGUUCGCCCCCGUGCCCGAGGACGACGGCACAUUCCUCAAGUGUCUGGGUGACAACCCGAAGCUGCCCGGCUUCAGCCAAGAAGACUCGUUCAAGCUGAACGUCGUCUAUCCCCCGCAAGUGGUGCUUCACCUGGGUAGCACACUCAACCCCGAAGACAUCAAAGAAGGCGACGACGUGUACUUUGAAUGUAACAUCAAGGCUAACCCCAAGCAGCACAAGAUCACUUGGUUCCACGACGGCACGCUGGUGAGUCAGAACAUGUCAUCGGGCGUCAUCAUCAGCACCCACAGUCUGGUGCUGCAGAGGGUCACCAGGUGGCAGAGCGGCGCCUACACCUGUUUGGCGGCCAACCCCCGCGGGGAAACUGUCAGCGAGCCCGUCAUCCUCAGGGUUAGAUACGCCCCCGUUUGCCGCGACACCGAAAUGACAGUCAUCGGCGCCUCCCUCGACGAAGUCCUCAAGGUCCGCUGCCACGUGACCGCCGACCCCAUCGACAUCACCUUCGAGUGGCAGUUCAACAACAGCGGCGAGAGCUUCGACGUCGACUCCAAGCGCUUCUCCACGUCGGUGGGCAACGUGAGCGAGCUCAUGUACACCCCCGCGUCGCAGCGGGACUACGGCACUCUCACGUGCUGGGGCAGCAACUCGAUAGGGAGGCAAGCCGAACCGUGCGUCUUCCAAGUAGUUCCUGCAGCGAAACCCAGUCCCUUGACGAACUGCACGCUGCGCGCCGCCACCAACCACACGUCCGACGUCUUGGAGGUGGAGUGCCGGGCCGGGUACGACGGAGGUCUUCCCCAGAGGUUCAUCCUCGAGGCCUACGACGCCUACACCAUGAGGCUGCGGCUUAAUCUGAGUAGUACUGAGACGGACUCGCCAGUCUUCCGCUUGGACCUGGGGGAGAUGCUGCCGCCGACGGGGGAGGGGUUUCCUCCGUCGCUGCGCAUCUUGGUGUACGCACAGAACGCGAAGGGGCGCAGCGAGAAGCUCGUGCUCGAGGACAUCAUGCUGAAUGAUGCCGAGAAACGUACAGACGGCAGCACCGGCAUGAGCAUCCUGCCCAUCGCCGCCCUGCUCACCGGCUCGCUCCUCACCCUCGGCAUCGCCGUGCUGCUGAUCGUCGUCCUCGCCGUGCGCCGGAAGCACCGCCACUGCGGCGGCUCCCACUGCUCCCACCAGCUCGAUCCCUCCAAGCAGCCGAAGGUCCCCGGCCAGCAGGCGUCCUCGCGCCCCGGCUCCAUGCUGGAGAUCAACACCGGCGACAACCGCUACGUCGUCGCCUACACCCUCAAGCCGGCGGCGGACUGCGGCACGACGCCGCAGUCGCACGUCGUCGCCAACUCGUCCGUAGAUAGGCAACCAGAUAUACUCAACACGCCCCGAGGUGCUGACACGACGACGCCCCCCGGGCUGCCGAGGCCUGAUGCCCUUUUCACCCCCUCAGGAGCAGAACGGAAUCGGCAGCAGCAGCAGCAAAGCCCCCCGACGUUCCCCAACUUUUCUCACGUAGAGGCGAUGCCCUCCCCCGAAAUGUGCGUGCCCCAAUCCGGGGGCACCCUGGGCCGCCCCCGUCCGCGCCCCCGCGACGUUUCGUACUCGUCAUUCGCCACCAUGAGGAGAGACCACAUCAUAGCCGAGGCUAUUCCGGGACCUGAAAGUUGUGUUUAAUGAACUGAAUCAAACGGUGUCACCAGCUCCAGUCCGUCUCGGCGUCUCCUCUAGGACUCCUCGUUGGAACCACCUGGAGAUGGUGACGCCUCGAUAGCGCCUGUGAUACAGGAGUAGAUGCCAAGUGUUUUUAGUAAAUGAUUCUGUUUAGGUAGUGGAACAAUCACAGACUCUCGAGCUUAAUUGUUUUUAGAUGGGACUCUCUUGAAACUAUCAACGAAGAAACCUGACAAAUGAACGACCGACCAUAUUUUCUAGGCCUACUGGCCGGACGGGGCCCGGUCCUGCGGCGGCCCGAAAUUUCACACACGCAGUUUUUUAUUGGCUCGGCCGCUGUGGGAGCGCGCGGUUCCGGCGACUCUGAACCUAUCGGGCGUAAAUAAAUGUCUAACUUUUAAUACGGAUGAAUGUUGUUAAUGAUUAGCUGUCCAAUCAUACUGUGUAUGAUUUACAAGAUCGUUCUUUUCCGAUCUGGUAAAAGCGAGUAAAAUUUGAAACCGUUCCCACUUCAGUUACGCCGUUCUUUCAUUACGAAAUCCAUUAAUGGGCUUUGAAAGACGUUCGAAUUACAAAUACUAAUUAAAAGCAGCGCUCUCUCUCUCUCUUUCUUUCGGAGAUAAGUCAGUGUCAAAUUUAUUCAAAUCGAUAGGCCGAAAUAUUCCUAACGGUAAUAAAAGCUUGGCGUAUCUGUUCAAAGACUGUUUCCACUAUGUAUUUACUACGAUUGUGUGUAUGUACAAUAAGUUAUCAACUGUGUACAUAUGUUAUUAGAUGAAUUUGUUUUAACAUAAGAGCUUUAUUGCUGUGCAAUAAUGUAUUUUGUAAAUAAAGUGUGCUUAAUAAGAAUGCGUGUGAGUUACAGACUAUGUUGAGAUGUUGUUUAUAUUAUUUUAUUCAUGUACAUAACUGAUGAACCAA